CUCCACAGAGCUCGCCGACGAAAUGCCGCAGUGGCCAUGGCUGCACCCCGCCUCCGCCGCCGCUCGCCGCGCCACCCCCUCCGUCUUCCGCAGGAAACGCUGCUCCUCCGUUUGCGCAUCGGCAAACUCCAACCACGCCCGCGAGCAGGAGGACGAGAAGUCGUUGGUGGUGGUGGGCGGCGGCGCCGCCGGGGUGUACGCAUCCAUACGGGCCAAGACCCUGGCCCCGCACCUCAACGUGGUGGUCAUCGAGAAAGGCAAGUUCCUGUCCAAGGUCAGAAUUUCCGGUGGCGGCCGAUGCAACGUCACCAAUGGACAUCAUCUCGAACCAUCGGGACUGGCGAGAAAUUAUCCUAGGGGGCACAAAGAACUCCGAGGAUCGUUCUUCAACACUCAUGGUCCACGGGACACCAUGCGUUGGUUUUCAGAUCAUGGUGUCGAGCUUAAGACCGAAGAUGAUGGUAGGGUUUUUCCUGUCACUGACAACUCUGCAUCAGUAGUGGAUUGCCUGCUGAAUGAAGCAAGAAGACUCGGAGUUUCUCUGCAGGCUGGUAAAUCUGUGUCUAGCGCGUCUGUCAACAAUGAUGGGAAGUUUGUUCUGAAAGUUGAGAAGCGUACGGUUGAUUUUGUUGAUUACCUCAACGCUAAUUAUGUUUUGGUCGCUACAGGCAGCAGCCAGCAGGGUUACUCGUUUGCUGCACAACAUGGUCACACUGUUAUUCCACCGGUGCCCAGCUUGUUCACAUUUAAAAUUGCAGACAAGCGACUGGCUGAUCUCUCCGGGGUUACGUUCACCAAAGUCAAGGCAAAAUUGAUGCUGGAUAGCAUUCAGAAAAAGGCUCCUGAAUUAACUCAGACUGGACCUCUGUUGGUCACACAUUGGGGGCUUAGUGGCCCUGUUGUUCUUCGAUUGUCCGCAUGGGGAGCUCGUGAACUCUAUCAGGACAAGUACCAAGCGAAGCUUAUGAUUGACUUCAUACCUGACAUUCAUAUCGAGGACGUGAAGCGCAUCAUUUUCCAGCACAAAGAUAAACAUGCGAAGAACAAAGUAAAUAAUUCCUUCCCCACGGAGUUUGGUCUUGUGAAGAGAUUUUGGAGAUUCCUGCUGGAACAGGAGAGUUUAGAUGGUGAUAUGCACUGGGCCACUGUACCUAAAAACCAUCUCAACGCGAUAGCCCUUCGGUUGAAACAAUGGAUGUUUGAGGUUGUCGGGAAGGGUCAAUUCAAAGAUGAAUUUGUGACCGCCGGAGGUGUUCCGCUCUCAGAGAUCUCUCUUAGCACUAUGGAGAGCAAGCAGCAGCCCAAUCUGUUCUUUGCAGGAGAGGUACUUAAUGUUGACGGGGUCACAGGUGGAUUCAAUUUUCAGAAUGCAUGGACUGGUGGAUAUAUAGCUGGGACAAGCAUAGGCACAUUGGCAUCCAGCAGCAAUCUCGAACGUCAUGCGUGUUUGCAACUGGAAGCAUCAUAAGGAAAUGGAUGGCAUCAUGGCAAGUAGAAGACCCCUUGAAUCAAGGAUUUUUAUUGGCUGACAAGCAGUGUAUAAAUUUCUGAGAGUGUAGCUUAGGUUCUAAUCCACUGUAUUGUAGUUGUAGUUCAAAAACAAGCAAAGAUAGCCAAGAUUCAGGGAGUUGUAUUGAUUAACUGUAAAUGUACUGCAGUGCCAGUUUUGUUAUUGUGAAGUAAAAUCCUGAAGCUGCUCUCCAGUUGAGCAUCUUCUGAAUUAACAAAUUUGUUAUGAAGAUCGUGUAGCAGUUCUCCAGUUGAA